UACACCUCACACACACUAAUUAGAUUUCAUAUCUUUCUGAAGCACAUUCCAAAAACACAUUUUCAAUUUCCCGGGAAUUUCAGAGACUAACAAAUUCCAAGAAUGCCCCUACUUCUCCGGCCACCUUCGCCGUUACCACCCCUCUUCCACUCAUUUUCCGGCGACCACCCCAAGCUGAAUUUCAAUCUCUCCCCAAAACUCAACAAUUUUCCUCAACAUCGGCCGACGUCGCUUUCCGCCUCCCGAAACGUCGACUUGUUCACCCAGAACUCGGGGUACUUGUUCAAGCUCAGUGACUCGGAGGCCGAGUCGCUUUCGGAGUAUGAUAUUGCGAGCAUUGGUUCGAUUUACAGAAGAAAGCCUUUGAUUUUGGGUCGUAGGUUGUUUCAGAUUGGUACUACGCUUGGAAAAUGGUUCGGAAUUCGGUAUAUUGACGGGGUUAUGGAGAGGGCUGAUACCAUGUUCAAGGUUCGAGCUGCUGAGCUUCGGAAAAUACUGGUUGAACUUGGUCCGGCCUAUGUCAAAAUUGCUCAGGCUAUUUCAUCUAGAUCUGACUUAAUUCCACCAUCAUACUUGGAGGAACUUUCAGUGUUACAAGACAGUAUAACUCCAUUUUCCAAUAAAGUGGCAUUUAGUCUCAUUGAGGAGGAACUUGGGAUGCCAAUCGAUGAAAUCUUUUCGGAAAUUUCAUCAGAGCCAGUAGCUGCUGCAUCUCUUGGCCAGGUUUAUCAAGCUAGACUUCGGGCAAGUGGACAGGUGAUUGCUGUCAAGGUCCAGAGACCUGGUGUAAAAGCUGCUAUUGCCUUGGACAUAUUUAUAUUGCGUUUUGUUGCAGGGAUAAUUCGGAGGGCAGGAAAAUUUAAUACAGACCUACAGGCAGUCGUAGAUGAAUGGGCUUCAAGCCUUUUUAGGGAGAUGGAUUACAGGAAAGAAGCAAACAAUGGAUUAAAAUUCAGAGAGUUGUAUGGUGGUCUUCCUGAUGUUGUGGUUCCCCAAAUGUACAUUGACAAAAACAACUCAGAAAGUCUUAAUCAUGGAAUGGAUUGA